CCCGGGCUUUCCAGGGCUUUCAGGACGGUGAAGAAAAAGGGCCGUGCGCGGCUACUGCAAGGCCCCUAGCAUGGCGAUGAGGUCGAACAAUUUGCCUCGAGCACUCGGAGAGACAUUGACGACGCGGAGUUUCGCCUCCAGCCCGGCCUCACGAGUGCGACUCCCUCUACGCUCCUCGUCACUGCAUUGCGGCCUCCUGUUCUUGUUUCUUCCUUACGUUUAAUACCCGCGUAGACGGCCACCAUGAUGCUCGCGCGAGCAGCGACGCGGAAAGUGCGCAGAGGUGCAUUCCGCUCGCCCACACAGCUGUCGGAUCCAUUGACGCUGCCAUGGCUGUGUCCUGCGCAGCUCCGACACACAUCGAGCGUCGGCCCCAUCACCGCCGCCACACAAGACUCGCGACGGCAGCGGAGACGGUCGCUGUCCACCCGGCACAGGACGCGCUCGCUCGCCACGUCCGCCGAACUGCACCCUCGCCCGCACGCAACACCGUUCGAUGGCUUCAUGCAGGCAUGGGGCCCCCGCGUGCCCUCGCCCGACCUCGCCCGCCUGAAGUCUUGGGACACAUCGAGCCCGCUCCUCGUCAACGACCAGUACGCCCACAAUGCGCCCAUGGCCCGCAGCAUCGGACAGGGCAUCAGCGGCGACCCUAUUGAGAUGCAUCAGAACCUCUACGCCUGUCUGCGCGUCGGACGCACAGACCGCGCCGCCCUCAUCCUCCGCCGUCUUUCCAUGAUCUACUCGCCCUCGGCGCCCGAGAUGAGCGACGCGCACAACAUCUUCCUGCAGACGCUCUUCGAGCUCGCGCAAGAAGACCCCAGGGCCGACUCGAUGGAGAGCAUCGAGUCCUGGUACAACAAGAACAUGGUCGCCAAGCUCAUCGAGCCCAACGCGCAGACGUUCGUCACCCUGCUGCGCGCCGCCGUCACCCUGCUCGAGGGCGACAAGCAGGAGAAGGUCAUCCGCGAAUACCUCGACAUGGCCAACGAGUGCGGUCCAGACGUCAUCGAACAGGUCAACACAUCGCCCGACUUCACCGACGAAGAGUGGAACACGGUCAUCCGCCUCCAGCCUGACAGCUUCGACGAACCCCCGGCCGUCGAGACGCUCCACGAGCUGCAGUUCAACACUCCGGGUGCAUUCAAGUCGGCCAUGGAGCAGGGUCUGCCGCCGCAAGCGACGCUGAUCAAGCCCGUUGAGCAAAAGGGCCUGGGUCUGUCGACGCUGAAGCAGGCCCUUGCCGUCUUCGACGAAUCCGAGAGCAUUCCCUACCCCCACGACAUGCAGGGCACCCAGGCAGAGAAGGACCGCGCGUACGCAUACGCUCGCCAACUGCGCAUGGAGAAGGACGGCAUGCAGGCCGCCGUAGAGCGCUGGAGGAAGGAGGACGAGAAGCUGACCGAGAUGGGCAUCCACGGGGUCCUGAGGACCAAGAGUCUCCAGGCUCUGAUGUACAACUGGUACACGGCCCUGGUGCCCAUGUUCAAGAAGCAGAUCGAGCACGCAAAGGAAACCGUCAGCAACCCAACCAAGGAAAAUUCGGGCGACGAUGCCCAUACCUACGGAACUUGGCUCGAGAGAUGCACGCCGGAGCGCCUCGCUGCGAACGCAAUCACGCGCGUCAUCAACGCCUGCGUUCAGGUCAAGGGAAACGAGAGCGAUAACCUCAAGCUCGCAGCGUUGUCCAUGUCCAUCGGUAACGAUGUCAUGGAACACCUCAACAUGGACGCCCAGGUCCGACACGAAAAGUUCCUCAAGACGCAGCGCAGACACGCCCGCAAGCAGCUUGUCGAGAAGCUAGCCAAGACACACACCGGCUCGACAGAGAAGAUCGAGAGGCCUACUAAACCAGUCGAGGCUCCCUUCGUGAGGACGGAGAUCCCUCUGACCGCUCGCAUCAAGAUUGGCGCGCUCGCGCUCGAAUACGUGCUGCAGGCCGCAAGAAUCACCGUCACCGCAGAGGAUCCAAAGACUGGCAAGCAGUUGACUAGCACGCAAGCUGCCUUCCACCACCAGAUGGUCUUGCACCAGGGCAAAAAGGUCGGCUGGAUUGUACCCCACCACGAGAUCCUGGCCAAGCUCCGCAACGAACCAGUUCACAACAUUGUGAGCGUCAGACUCCCCAUGGUCGUCCCGCCGAAACCGUGGUCGAGCUUCGAUAACGGCGGCUACUACACGUUGCAGUCCAAGGUCGUACGCCAAAAGUCCGGUGAUACGUCCCAACGAGCUUACGCCUCGACUGCGAUCGACAACAACGACAUGAACCAAGUCCUCGCCGGACUCGAUGUUCUGGGAAAAGUGCCCUGGCAAAUCAACAAGCCGGUCUUCGAUGUCAUGGCCGAGGUGUGGAACUCUGGCGAGGGCCUCGCAGGCCUUGUUCCAGAGCAUGUUCCGCUUGAGCGUCCGGCGGAACCACCUGCUGAUGCGAAUUACCAGGAGCGGGCCGCAUGGGGCAAGAAGCUGAAGGAGUACGAGAACACCAAGGGCGGUUUCCACUCGCAGCGAUGUUUCCAAAACUUCCAGCUGGAGGUCGCAAGCGCAAUGGCUAACGAGAAAGAACUCUACUUCCCCCACAGCGUUGACUUCCGUGGCCGAGCAUACCCCAUUCCACCCAUCCUCAACCACAUUGGAUCCGAUGUUGCCAGAGGCCUGCUCAGGUUCGCAAACGGCAAGGAGCUUGGUUCGGUUGGGUUGCAAUGGCUCAAGGUACAUCUCGCCAACCUUGCUGGCUUCGACAAGGCUAGUCUUCGAGAGCGCGAGCAGUUUGCCAUGGACAACAUGAACGACAUUGUCGACUCCGCUACGAAUCCACUAGGUGGACGACGCUGGUGGACCAAGGCUGAAGACCCAUGGCAGUGUCUUGCAUGCUGCAUGGAGCUCAAGAGCGCUUUCGACCUGCCCGAUCCCACACGCCAUGUCUCACGUCUGCCCGUACACCAGGACGGUACGUGCAACGGUCUUCAGCAUUAUGCUGCGUUGGGAGGAGAUGAGGCAGGUGCCCGCCAGGUCAACCUCGAGCCUUCUGAUCGGCCCCAGGACAUCUACACCGGUGUGGCGGACCUGGUGAAAGAGAUGGUGGAAGUGGAAGCCGAGCAGGGCAAUGCCGCUGCCAAGUUCGUCAGGGGUCACAUCUCCAGGAAGGUUGUCAAGCGCACGGUCAUGACGAACGUCUACGGUGUCACCUUCAUGGGCGCGAAGGCGCAAGUCCACGAUGAACUGAAGCACAUCUUUCCCAACUUCAAGGAGACCAAGGAGCUGCGUUCGCUGCAAGCGGUGGCUAUGUACGUCGCCUACAAGAUCUUCGAGGCACUCGGAAAGAUCUUCAACGGCGCCCAGGAGAUUCAGUACUGGCUUGGAGAGUGCGGAGAUCGUAUCACGACUUCGAUCACUGCCGAGCAGAUCAAGCAGAUCCAAAGCCGAUUUGAGGGCAAGACACCUCGCACGGAGGCAAAGUACAAAUCGGACAAGAUCUCGAAAUCCGGUGCAAAACAGCUGGUCAAGGCCAUUGAAAACUUCAAGACCGGCAUCAUCUGGACCACGCCGCUCAAGAUGCCUAUCGUGCAGCCCUACAGGAAGGACUCCCAGCAAAAGAUCAAGACGCCACUCCAGGACAUCACCAUCCAGAAGCGUGCCGCGGGCGACAUUGUCGACAAGCGGAAGCAGCUGCAAGCCUUCCCACCAAACUUCAUCCACUCUCUCGACGCUUCGCACAUGCUCCUUUCCGCACUCAAGUGCAACGAGAUGGGCCUUGACUUUGCUGCUGUACACGACAGCUUCUGGACACACGCUUGCGACAUUCCGAAUCUCAACACCAUCCUCCGUGACGCCUUUGUACGCAUGCACUCAGAGGACAUUACCAGCCGUCUUGCGGCAGAGUUCGGUGCUCGUUACGCCGAGAAUAUGUACCGCGCCAACGUACACGCCACCACCGAAGUGGGAAAGAGGAUCUCGAAGUGGCGAGUUGCAAACAAGUCUAGCAAGACAACAGCCACUGAUGGCAUCGGAACGAAGCACGGCAUUGCCUCAUUCGACGAGGUCGCGCUCGAAGCUCAGAGACAGGAGUUGCUCAAGAGCGAGGAUCCCGAGCUUAGAGCGAAGGGUGAGGCUAUGGAGACGCCUACUAGCAUCUGGCUGGAGUACAAGGAUGCUACGAGUCUCGCUUCCUUCCGUCUGUCGCUUCUCGGUGACACCGAGACAAAGACCAAGAACGUCGAGCAUUCCAAGUUCGACGAGAUCAUGGAGAACAGCAAGGCCCUCGAAGAGGCAAUCAUGAAGUCCGAGGACCCCGAAUCCGGCCCCGUCCCUGAAACCGCCACUGCUGAGCAGCUUUCCGCCGACCGAAAGCCAAAGCGAGUAGCAAAAUGGCUCGGCGAAAUGAGCACAGUCCAAGUCUGGCUCCCUCUCACCUUUCCGCCUGUCCCUAAGAAGGGCGACUGGGACGUAGCUCGCCUCCGCGAAUCCAAGUACUUCUUCUCAUGACUUUCUCCAGCUCUGCGCGGCGAUGCAGACCGCGAAUUUUACCGCCCCCAGCCUGAGCUAGCUACCAUCCAAGCGACCCCCAAGAUCCGCAGAUACAACCACUUAGCAUGGUUCCCGACGAUGCUAUGGGGCGGCGAGGUCAAUCAGAAUUGGUGGAGACUGGCGCUGUGGAGAGCUCAAAGACCUGAGAGUAGUACCUUGAGAGGCAGGCAGCGGAAGGAGGGGG